UGUAAUAUCCGGAUUUUUAGAAGAGCGCUUUAUUUGAAAGUUCUAAGAUAACAUAUACCUGCAAACGUAAUUAUGGGAGACGAUCAAGAGUAUUUUAUGCACACGGAAGAUGAAAGGUUCAAUUCUUUCAAGAAAUGGCCAUUUAAGACAGGAAGUUGUUCUCCGGCAAAGAUGGCUGCUGCUGGUUUCUACCAUUGCCCAACCAAAGAUGCACCUGAUGCCUGCAAAUGUUUUGUAUGCUUCAAGGAGCUUGAAGGUUGGGAGAGAAGUGAUAAUCCAUGGGAUGAGCACAGGAAGCAUUCUUCGUCCUGUUUAUUCCUGAACCUGGACAAACCUGUUGAAAAAUUAACCAUGGAGGAAUUUAUUCGCUUAUCAAUGCAGAUACAGAAAAACAGAAUGAUAAAAAAGUUUGCUUCGCUGAAAAAGGAAGUAGAAGAAAGUGCUGCAAGUGUGGAAGCAACACUGGAGUCAUUUCGAUCCUAAAGUGGAACUUUGUAAAUUUUAAGUUAUUCUGAGAUAAAUAAUGAUACUGUCUUCAAGAAAAUAAAUGAAGAUAUCAGACUUUCCAUAUAUUCAAAUCAAAGGUCUGAUGUGAAUGGAGGCUGAAAGGCUUUGUAUUAAUAAAGUUUUUGUUUUUUAUAUAUAUACAAUUCUGUAUAUUCAUGGAAUACACAUUACAAUUAUAAAACAUGAAAACAUCGAUGAACUGAGAAUUGGUAUCUACUCUAGCCUGAUGAUUGUUCAAAGGUGUUAACUGCAGGUCCUCCCUAUCGUGUUACUAUUUGCAUUUAGGAGUUCAAAAAAUAAAGUCAACAAAAUUAUAUGUUUCAUAAUUCAUUACUUGUAGUGUUUUCCAAUCCUAUGCAAUGUUUAGUUUCGUUUGAAGAAAUUGAUUGUGAAAUAUUCUUUUCAAAUAUUUUUCCCUGUUGUCAGGUUUAUUAAAGGGAGGUAGCUGCAUUAUUAAAUCAAAAGUUUAUUAAACUAUUUUAUUUUCUUAAAAGUUCUUUUUGAAAAGUUGUUGCAAAUAACCAAUGAACUAACAAAUUCUGAACGUUUUAAAAAAAAAACAUGUAUUAAAUUAUUUUAUUUUUAUUUAUAAAGUAAUUAUUGCAGAACUUCUCAUGUUCUGUCAAUGUAUUCAACUUUGGAAACUUUAAAAUUUGUCACCAAAUUAUACAGCUUCUUAAGUGAACAACACUUAUAGACAGGAGAGGGUCAAUACAGUUACAGUAGCAUAAAUCCUUAGUACAAUGUACUUGUGUGUUCAAAAUGAUGUAAAGAUGUGUGAUUAUAACAUUUUAAUAACUUUGAAAAAACAGGUAUGAAAUGAUCUUGCUCUAUGCUAUUUUUAACUUACUAUAAGUUAUGCAAUAAUGCAUUGUUUUAUAUAUCAAUAAAUUCAUGCUUUUUCUAUUUGUAUGCUGGAUUUACACUUUGUCUGGAUUUCAGAUGAGGAUGUUGUUUUCAAUUCAAAUACAUGUACUAUGUCAUUUAUCUAUUAUUGUCUUUAUCUAUUUCCUGAUGUUUUGGUUUUUUUCAACUGCAUUUCUUCUUCUUCAAACCUCCCCUUUUGCUUUUUUUCUCUCUUUUGACUAUGCCAAUGUAAAAACAUACAAUACAUUUUGUAUGCUCAUCUUGCACCCUACCAAUGAUAGCAGCCAUGAUAUAUCACUGUAAAUACCUUAAGCAUUUAUUUUUUAUGGAUAAUCUACUUUGGAAUAUUUUGAUAACUAAUGAUAAGUCUUCCUUCAACAAUGUUUCUGUAUCAGAGCCAGUCUUCACUGCAUGAAUGGCUUACAGUUUCUGAUCAUGUAACAAUGUUUCUGUACCAUUGCAUGAAUCCUUUGAAUCAAAGUGUUUCGUACAUAUCCACAAAAUGAAGCAGUUGAUCUCUUAAUUUGAGAGGAAAUGACUUUAAAAUUCAGGAAUAAAAGCUUGUGUAAUGAAAAAAAAAUGUAAAGCCUAUUUCCAAAUUUUUAAUCUAAAUUUAAUUUGAAAAUGAAAAAAGGGAUGUUUUAUUAGUUUACCUUAAUACGAGAAUGUAUCCUUUUUAAUUUGAUAUCUACUGUAUUUCUGAUGCCCCCUUGGCUAUCACUAAUAAAUGUAUAAUUAAUUUUACGAGUUAAAAAUAGGCUGUUAUUAAUUCUUACCUACUACAAUGUGUACAUUUGCAACUUGUCUAUUUCAUCUAUGUAAAUUCAAUUAUGUCAUACAUGUAGACUUUGUUAAUUUUGUUGUAAUAAAUAUAUCUAUGUAAAAA